AUGCUCCAACGCCUGCAGCCCAAAGAUUCCGAAACCGAUUUGCUCUUCAUAGGCACCGAUCGAUUAAAUUAUUUCAACGUUGCCUGGAACUCCGAAACGAACCAGCUAGACACAGUCGAACAAACCAUUGAGGAUGUUGCUGAGCAGUACAUGCGGCAUUCUCAGAGUCAGAACAAGUGUUUGGUAGACCCCACAGGCAAAUUCAUGGCUAUGCAUCUUUGGGAAGGCGUUUUAAACGUGUUCCGUCUGCCUAUGCGAAAGGGAAUAACAACAAAGCUGGUGGCUCUAGAUCAAGUGCGAUUAACUGAGCUCUGGAUGAAAGCUAGCACGUUCUUGCACAGCCAAACCGGACAUCCUAAAAUCGCCUUCUUGUACAAGACACAAACCGACCAAGAGGAGGCUCGUAUAGCCGUAUAUAGGCUCACCAAGGACGACAACCGUGGUAAUGUGGCCAGUUUUGAUCCACACAGGGAGAGAGAGCUGGAUCAAGUCAUCUCCGAUCCAUAUGCAUCUAUGCUUAUCCCAGUCCCCUUCAGGGAAGAGAAACGAUAUCAUGUUCGCAAUAACGAAGGGGCAAAGGCGCAUCUGGGAGGAUUAUUGGUUGUGGGAGAAACACUCAUCACGUACUUCGACAGCCUCACUUACUCGAGGGUCUCAUCAACUCUGCAGGACCCAAAAAUAUAUGUGGCAUGGACGGAAUAUGACGACGUCCACUACUUAUUAGCCGAUGACUACGGACGAUUGGACAUACUUACCGUUGAAACUACCACUGAAUCGACUGGUAUCGUGGUGACUGGCAUGGCGGUCUCGCCCAUGAGAUUCCCUGACUCAUCAGCGUAUACUUCUCGAGCGUCGUCACUUGUUUAUAUGGGAGAUGACAUGCUCUUCUUGGCUUCCCACCAUGGCGAUUCACAGUUGCUUCGUAUCGAUAUUGAUGCACAAGUCAUGGUGUUGGUCAAAACUUUAUCUAACAAUGCCCCAAUCUUAGAUUUUGCAAUCAUGGAUAUGGGGAACAGAGAAGGUGACAGUCAGUUCGGAAACGCGUUCUCUUCCGGUCAGGCCAGGAUUGUAGCCGGAUGCGGUGCGUAUCAUGAUGGCAGUCUGCGAAGUAUCCGGAGUGGUGUUGGUCUUGAAGAUCAGGGUAUCCUUGAUGAAAUUCAGGACACCAAGGGCCUCUUCACUUUACGAUCUCAUGAAUCGAGCCAUGUGGAUACACUUGUGGUAUCAUCAGUUGCAGACACACGGGUUCUUAGAUUCGACUCUGCAGGCGACAUAGAAGAAGUUUACGCCUUUCAAGGCUUGACUUUAGAUAUGGAGACUUUGCUGGCUGUCAAUAUAUCUGAUGGUCGGCUCCUACAAGUAACACCUAAAUCUGCUGUCUUGCUAGACUCAGAAAGUGGUGUGAAUUUGUGCUCAUGGGAUGCCCCCAGUGGCAAGGCAAUCACAGCUGCAUCGGCAAAUAAAGGAUGGGCUUUGCUCUCAAUUGAUGGCUCAUCACUUGUUUCGUUGAACCUGCACGACAAUUUAGCCGCCGUCUUGCGGGAUACAUCCGGAGAUGAAUCCUCAGGUCAACCGGACCAGAUCUCAUGUCUACAUGCCGCUAGAGAUUCUCCUGAUAUAGGAGUGGUGGGGUGGUGGACUUCAGGCACUAUAUCCAUUGUCGAUCUCGCUACACUACAGCCUCUGCAUGGUGAACCUCUCAGACAGACUGAGGAUAGUGCGUCGGUGCCACGAGAUAUUGCCCUGGUGCAACUGCACCCACCUCAAGUUUCUGGUCCCACUCUCCUUAUUGCUUUGGAAGAUGGAAAUGUUGUCACGUUCGAUAUGUCUAUGCAAGGAUACACAAUAUCAGGCCGGAAGAGUGUGACACUAGGAAGCAGCCCUGCUCGACUGCAUGUUCUUCCUCAAGAGGAUGGAACAUGUAACGUUUUCGCAACAACCGAGCACGCCAGCUUGAUUUACAGCGCUGAAGGAAGAAUUAUAUACUCGGCAACAACUGCAGACGACGCAACGUAUGUCGCUCCCUUUGACUCGGAGGCAUUUCCAAACUCUAUUGUUCUUUCCACAGACAGUCAUAUACGACUUAGCCAUAUUGAUAAGGAACGUCUCACACAUGUUAAGACACUCUCGGUGAAGGAAACUGUUCGACGAGUUGCAUAUUCACCUACAUUGAAGGUUUUCGGGCUUGGUUGCAUCAAAAAAGAGCUUAUUCACAACGAGGAGGUCAUAACAAGCUCAUUCAGAAUAGUUGACGAAAUUAUUUUCCAAGAACUUGGGAAGCCAUUUAUCUUCAACACCUCCACAUCAUUGGAAAUGGUUGAGACCGUUAUUCGAGCAGAGCUACCAGAUAGCACGGGAAAUCUCGCAGAGCGCUUUAUUAUUGGAACGAGUUUCGUAACCGAUGAUGAUGCCAUAGAGGAGAAUGAUACUCGUGGACGAAUUCUGGUGCUUGGUGUUGACGAAAAUCGUCAAGUUUACCAGAUCGUCUCUCACAAUCUGAAGGGUGCAUGCCGAUGUCUCAGCACACUUGGAGAGCACAUCGUGGCUGGACUUUCGAAGACUGUGGUGGUGUAUAAUUAUGUGGAAGAAACCACGGUAUUCGGCUCUUUGCAAAAACUGGCAGCCUAUCGUCCAGCAUCAUUCCCUCUGGGCCUAGACAUCUCCGGCAACAUCAUUGGAGUGGUCGAUCUAAUGCAAUCCCUGACCUUGGUAGAGUUUAUUCCAUCCAAAGAUGGUUCUCGCGCUAAACUAGAAGAGGUUGCGCGACACUAUCAACCUGGCUGGGCGACGUCCGUAACCAAUCUUGAUGGGGAGAGGUGGUUGGAGGCAGACGCCCAGGGGAAUAUUAUCGUUUUGCAGCGGAACCCAGAAGCUCCUACUGAGCAAGACCGGAGUAAGCUGGAAGUCACAAGUGAGAUUAACAUUGGGGAACAGAUUAAUCAAAUCAGGAGAUUACAUGUGGCAUCGAACGAGAACGCUGUAGUCUCUCCUAAGGCCUUCCUUGGAUCAGUAGGUUUAUCAGAAACUACCAUCAACUGUUGGACCCAACUUCUAAUACUAGUACAGAUUGAGGGGACAUUAUAUUUGUUUGGCGAAAUUGCACCAAAGUAUCAAGAUUUGCUUCUUACCUUCCAAGCGAGGCUUCAGGACUACAUUUAUGCUCCAGGAAAUGUCAGUUUCAACCUCUGGCGUGCGUUCAGGAAUAAGGCCCGUGAAGGCGACGGGCCCUUCCGCUUUGUAGAUGGGGAAAUGGUAGAAAGGUUUCUGGAUCUAGACGAGGCGAAGCAGGAACUUGUCUGUGAGGGCCUUGGACCAAGUGUUGAAGACAUGAGAAAUAUGAUCGAAGAGCUGAGAAGGAUGCAUUAA